AUGGCGACCGGUGGAGACCCAGAGGAGGAGCAGGUAGUCCCAGGGGAGGAGGAUGAAGCCAACAUCAGGGCUGUGCAGGCCCACUACCUCCGGAGCCCUUCCCCCAGCCAGUACUCAAUGGUCUCAGAUGCAGAAACAGAAAGCAUUUUCAUGGAGCCCAUUCACCUCUCCUCAGCUAUUGCAGCCAAACAGAUCAUCAAUGAAGAACUCAAGCCGCGGGAGCUCAAAGCAGACACAGAGUGUCCAGGCUUGCUGGAGUCUGCUGAGCAGCUGCUGGUGGAGGACUUGUACAACCGCGUCAGGGAGAAGAUGGAUGACACCAGCCUGUACAACACCCCCUGCAUCCUGGACUUACAGCGGGCCCUGCUUCAGGACCGGCAAGAGACCCCAUGGAACGAGGUAGAUGAAGUCUGGCCCAACGUCUUCAUAGCUGAGAAGAGUGUGGCAGUGAACAAGGGUAGGCUGAAGAGGCUGGGAAUCACCCAUAUCCUGAAUGCUGCGCAUGGCACAGGCGUUUAUACUGGCCCUGAAUUCUAUACUGGCCUGGAGAUCCAGUACCUGGGUGUGGAGGUGGAUGACUUUCCUGAGGUGGACAUCUCCCAGCAUUUCCGAAAGGCUGCUGAGUUCCUUGAUGAAGCACUGCUGACCUAUCGAGGGAAAGUCCUGGUCAGCAGCGAAAUGGGCAUCAGCCGCUCGGCGGUGCUGGUGGUGGCCUAUCUGAUGAUCUUCCACAACAUGGCCAUCCUGGAGGCCCUGAUGACCGUGCGCAAGAAGCGCGCCAUCUACCCCAACGACGGCUUCCUGAAGCAGCUGCGGGCGCUCAAUGAGAAGCUGAUGGAGGAGAGAGAAGAGGACUACGGUGGGGAGGAGGGGGCGGACGAGGCUGAGCUGGACCAGGAGGCCGGGAGCACCAUCGGGGCCCGAGUGCACACCCUGGAGGUGGAGGAGGAGGAUGACACCACCAGCCACCUGAGCGGCUCCUCCCUGGGGAAGGCCAGCCAGGCUUCCAAGCCCCACACUCUCAUUGACGAAGAGGAGGAGGAGAAACUCUACGAGGAGUGGAAGAAGGCCCAGGGCCUCCCCACGGGCAGGGUCCCCCCCGGGGGAGAGGACGGGCGCUCAACCUCCUCGGGCCACGGCGCAGGGGAGCUGGAGGACGAGGACGUGGAGAGCAUCGUCCGGGAGUGGCAGAGCCGGAACGAGCGGUACCAAGCAGAGGGGCACCGGAGGUGGGCUAGGGAGGAGGACGAGGAAGAGGUGGAGGACAGCAACGCGGGAUCCUUUGCUGGCAGCAGGCGGCGGCGCACGCUGAGCCAGAGCAGCGCGUCCGAGAGCGUCUGCAGCCGCGACAUUUGGGUCCUAAAGCAGCAGCUGGCCGCCAGGGCCCAGAGCCGCGGCGGGCGGCGCCGCUCCGACUCGGUGUCCACAGAGAGCACCUGGGACAUGUGGAACGAGAGGCUGCUGGAGAUCGAGAGGGAGGCGGCCCGCACGUACCGUUCCCGGAGCAGGAGAGAGCAGGCAGACGCGGGCUCCGACGCCGCGGGCUCCGACGCAGGGAGCGGGGCGCCGGAGGAGGACGGCGACAGUGUGUUCUCCGAGGCCCCCUCCUUCUACAACUUCUGCAGCAGGAACAAGGACAAACUCACUGCCCUGGAACGGUGGAAGAUCAAGAGAAUCCAAUUUGGGUUCCACAAGAAAGACUUGGAAGCGGGCGACGGCAGCAGUGCGCACGGAGCGGAGGAGGCAGCCGGGGACAAGGAGCAACCCUCCGACGUCAACCUGACCGCCUACCAGGCCUGGAAGCUCAAACACCAGAAGAAGGUGGGGAGUGAGAACAAGGAGGAGGUGGCAGAGCUCUGCAAGGGGGAGGACUCGGCCUUAGCCAAGAAGAGGCAGCGGAGGCUGGAGCUGCUGGAGAGGAGCAGGCAGACGCUGGAGGAGAGCCAGUCCAUGGCAAGCUGGGAGGCGGCCAGCUCGGCCAGCGGGAGCAUCCCCCUCUCUGCCUUCUGGUCUGCGGCCCCCUCGGUCAGCGCUGAUGGGGACACAGCGUCCGUGUUCAGCACCCAGAGCCACCGCUCCCACUCGGCUCAGGCCACAAGCAACGCAGGGGGAGGCUCGACCUCCAACCCCACCACACCCCUGCCUAACCUGCCAGUGGGGCCUGGAGACACGGUUUCCAUCGCCAGUAUCCAGAACUGGAUUGCCCAGGUAGUCAGUGAGACCCUCGCUCAGAAGCAAAACGAAAUGCUGUUACUGUCCCGCUCACCAUCCGUGGCAAGCAUGAAGGCAGCACCAGCAGCCAGCUGCCUAGGGGACGACCAAGUCUCCAUGCUCGGUGGACAGAGCAGCUCCUCCCUGGGCGGCUACCCGCUGCCGCAGAGCCAGGCCAGACUGGGCACCGACGCACAGUCUGUGUUGUCCUCCCACACCGCGCUGAGCUUGAGGGAGGAAGGCACCGGGAGCAGAGUGAGGGGGACCAGCAAGCCCAUCUACAGCCUCUUCGCUGACGAUGUGAACCUGAGGGAGCUGGGCCAGAAGGAAAAGGAGAUGCAAAUGGAGCUGAGGGAGAAGAUGUCUGAGUACAGAAUGGAGAAACUGGCCUCAGACAACAAACGCAGUACCCUUUUCAAGAAGAAGAAGGUCAAGGAGGAUGAGAAUGAUGGCGUGGGUGAUAGAGAUGAGGACACUGACAGUGCCAUAGGGAGCUUCCGAUAUUCUUCCCGCAGUAAUUCCCAAAGACCUGAAGCAGACACCUCCUCUUCUUCCCUGGCAGUCUGUGACCACUAUGGGAGUGGCAGCAGAGCUGGCAAAGAGCUGGAUGGCAGUAUUAAUAAAUGGCUCUGUGGGCUCAGGACAGAGGACAAAUCUCCUCCCCCAAGCGAUUGGUCUGGAAGCUCCAGGGGGAAAUACACCAGAUCAUCCGUGCUCCGAGAAACUGAGUCUAAAUCCUCCAGCUAUAAGUUCUCCAAAUCUCAGUCGGAGGAACAGGACACGGCCUCCUACCAUGAGGCAAAUGGCAACUCUGUAAGAAGCACUUCACGGUUCUCUUCUUCUUCCACCAGCGAAGGCAGAGAGAUGCACAAGUUCUCCAGGUCCAAGUUCAGUGAGACCUCAAGCUCCCGAGGGGAGAGCCCAGAACCCUACUUCUUCCGCAGGACCCCUGAGCCCUCCGAAGGGGAAGAGUCCCCAGAGCCACAGCACCCACAUUGGACUGGGCCCAGGGACUGGGAAGAUGUGGAAGAGUCAUCCAAGUCAGACUUUUCUGAAUUUGGAGCCAAGAGGAAAUUCACCCAGAGCUUUAUGAGGUCUGAAGAGGAGGGAGAGAAAGAGAGGAUGGAAAACAGAGAAGAAGGGAGGUUUGCAUCUGGGCGGCGGUCCCAGUAUCGGAGAAGCAAUGACAGGGCAGAAGAGGAAGAGAUGGAUGAUGAGGCCAUCAUUGCAGCUUGGAGACGCCGGCAAGAAGAAAGGAGGACUAAGCUGCAGAGAAGGAAGGAAGAUUGA